AAUCUGAUUUUUCGUUUGCAAAAGUUAUUAAGAACGGAAGGUAAUUUAGGGGUGAAAUGUUGUUUCUUUGCACGUGCGCAGUGAGCCCUGGAAUAAUAACAUACACAAAUGAGAAAGGCGAGCUGGAAACUGCAUAGCAUUAAUAAAAAACUUCAGUAUUUCGCGAAUCUGGUUAGUGUUGAAACAAUCUCCCAUCAUACAGCAUCUGCCAAUAUUUUAAGAGUAAAUUUAAAUCUUGCACAUCAAUUUGGUGCAAGUAUGGUAAUUCAGCGCAAUUGGAAAAUAUUAAGCGAUGGAGGUUCAUCUUCCGCUUCUUCAACAGAAGCUAAUCGAUCACCAAUUGGUCUUCAGUCUUCUUCUGAUGACUCUAAUUGUUCUAAUCAAACUACACAUUCUAUGGCUACAAGUGUAGCAAGUCCUCACGAAAAAUUAGAAGUACAGUCUUCACUUUCAACAGUACAACAAAUGCCAACCAUAGCUCGAGUUGCUGCAAAUAACGUUACAUCUUUGAAUGUCACUAAAAUAAAUUCGCACGAUUCUAUGAAAUAUGUGACUACAAUUCAUAUGUCUGAGACACUGCUACAGAGAUUACGACAGCGUUUAAGCUGCCAGGUACAGGUUAGUGGUACGGGUACCACUGCAGAAUCAGCAGUCCGUUCUCUCGAAUUGCUACGGAUUAGUAUUCAAAAGUCUUUCAAUCAUGAAAUAGAUGUCAUUAUUAAGCAAUAUAUGGAGACAUAUUUUAAACCAGCUUUAAAGAACAUAAAGGAGAAUUUGGGGCAAAAUAUAGUAUCCGAGGAAGUUUUGCAAAAGAUGACAUGUGCACUACUCGAAAAUGCGAAAGCACCAUAUAUUUUACAGAAUUUUGGUUAUGGAGAGGCAAACAGUUUACGAUUCGCUGUUAGACGCCCACUAGCAAAGCCGGUUGAACUAAGUGAGCUGCCUACAAAAAAAUUAAGGACCAGCAGUGCACAACAGCAUGUGCAAGCCAUAGCUCCUAGUACUGCUAUUAGUAUUACUGAGUGCUCUUCAAAUAUGAACACUUUUGUAAAUUCUACUGCUACAGCUCAGUUACCGUUGCAGAGACAAAUACAGACGGUGGCUGCUGCCACCCCCAUUCGCAGACAAAUAUUUUGGAAUACAGCACAUAUCUCAACAACAACUAAAUUUGUAUUGGAUGUGCAAGCCAACCAAGCUUUUGGUUUUGGAACUGAUGGAAAAGAGCGUCUCACUGGCAAGCAUCCGGAAUUAAUACGUUAUUUACCUGAUAAUGAAGAUCGGGAGUGGUUAUGUUCUCAAAACUUACUACCUGUACAAAACCGUGAUUCUCGUAUACUGUUUCUGAUAUACGACGAAGUGUGUCGAUUGAAACAAACGCAUGAAAUAUAUCGAGCAAAAACAAAUAUAGAUCUGAAUAUUAUGAAUUCGUUUACACUACCAGAAUAUAUGGUGCAGAAAAUUAAACAGUUCUUUGUAAACUUGAAUAUAAAAUCCCGCGGUUUGAUUACAAACUCAUUUUCAGUAACUACUGGUCCACAGGGAAACAGCCACCUACGAAAUGCUUUGCUGCAGGGAGUAGCUACGCAGAACAACAAUAUUAAUAUUAGAGAAAUAAGUUCUUCUAAUAUGAAUAUAGUUUGUUCAGCUACAACGGCAGAAACAUCUUUCGCCAGUAAUACUAAUGUGCUGGGAAGCAGCAAUCAUGCCACCAGCUCCAGCGAUAUAAGCGCACUAGUAAAGCCUAGCACAUUGAGUUCAUCACACGCCACCCUCACCGCUUUGCUUAAUAACUCCACCAAUCCACCUACUCAAGAGAAAAGUACCAUAGCUAAAUUAAGCAAAUGAAAUUAAAAAAUUUAACACACCAUUUAGAUAGACUUUAAGUAUAAUGUUUUGGAAUGCACAUAUGAAAUUAACGUAAUAAAUAUUAUGACCGAGAAACAUUUCCACUUAA